UCUGUUAUCAAUGUCGCUCUUCUAUAUUAAUAAUCGCCGGCAUUGCAAGUCGCAUCAGUUUUGUAGUUGGCGCCAGAGAGAUUCGUCUAUUGCCCUUUUUGACUUUGCAACUACGAAUCGCGACCUUAACGACUUUCAAGAGCUUAAAACAGGUACCAGAAACAGCAGCAGCAGCAGCUUAAGAAUGUCGGUGACUGUGGAGGAGGAAAUCUUUGGCCUGGCCAAGAAUCCAUACACCAAAGCACCCGAAAUGGUGCGUCGCUUCACAAUGACAAAUCCAAAUCAAAUGUCGGUAUCUGUGAUCCAACUGGGUGCCAUUAUACAGAGCGUACGUAUGCCGGAUGCGUAUCAGAAGAUUGAAGAUAUCUGCCUGGGCUUUGAGGACAUUGCCAGCUAUAUGAGUACGAGAUCGGCUUACAUUGGUGGCACUCUCGGCCGUGUGGCGAAUCGUGUGGCAAACGGUGAAUAUUCAGUGGGUGAGAAGGUGUACAAGUUGACCAAGAACUUCAAGAAUACGUAUCAACUGCAUGGUGGCUUCGUUGGAUUCGAUAGCGUAAUUUGGGAGGUGGUACAUAAGUCGGAUUUGGGAAUCACCUUUCGUCAUGUGUCACCCGAUGGCGACGAAGGUUAUCCGGGCAGGCUGACAACUACGAUUACUUACUGGCUGGACAAUCACAAUCGUUUGGGAGUACGCUACGAGGCGUAUACGGAUAAAACGACCGCUGUCAAUCUAUCCAAUCAUGCUUAUUUCAAUUUGGCCGGCCACGCCGCUGGUCCCAAGGGUCUGGCCGAGCACACAGUGGAGAUAUUGUCCAAGAAGAUUGUCGAAACGGAUGACGCUCAAAUACCGACGGGUAAGCUCGUCAGUGUCGAUGAUACGGUCUUCGAUAUGCGAAUUCCCGUAUUGCUCGGGGAUCGCCUCAAGCAGUUCGACAAUCAUCUGAUCAAGGGCUAUGACAAUUGCUUUGUGGUCAACGAGGGUAAAGACAGUGGGACCAAUCUGGUUGCCAAGCUACAGCACAAGCCCUCCGGACGGGCCAUGGAGAUUUACACCAAUCAACCGGGUCUACAAUUCUACACGGCCAACAAUUUGCCGGACGAGGUGAAUGGCGAUAGUCCAAUGAUUGGCAAGGAAUGCACUCAUUAUCGCAAGCAUGGAUCCUUUUGUGUAGAAACUGAAAAGUUUCCAGACUCAAUGAAUCAUCCCGAAUUCCCAUCGAUCUUUCUCAAUCCUGGCGAGAAAUAUUUUCACGAGGUCAUCUACAAAUUUAACAUAGAAGAAUCUUGGAAAUGCUGCUGUAAUAACAAAUAAUCCAAUCCAAUAAAGCUGUCUGUUUCUAUAGGUACCAAUUAUAAA